AUGGUCAUAUCGGCUCACGACGACCAUUUUCGGCCUUCCAUGCGCUGUUCUGGUGGCGGCAACGGCUGGCCACGAUGGUUGUUGCCGGUGGCAGAUGGCGGCAGUUUCAAGAACUGGAAUUUGGAAGAAGAUAUGGCAGCGCAAAUUUUAUUUUUAAGAGAACGUAUUGCAAACUUUUGUAAUGAAAUUUUGGUGUCCAUAAACUUGCCUCCUCGUUUUAGGAAUAUAUUUGACCCACUGGAGGAAGCUCCCUACAAGUGGACUUUAGUUUGGGUGUCCAUAAUAUCAACCUUAUUGGAUCCCAUGUUCUUCUACAUUUUUCUGGUCAAUGAUUACAAAAAAUGCCUUCGGUUGGAUACGAAAUUGAUGAUUGCUGUAUGUCUUCUUCGGUUUCUUGUUGACUUGUGUCAUAUAAUCUUCGUCUUCUAUCACGAAAGACGAAGGCGAAUAAUUUUUGUUGUCUUAGAUGUCCUCUGCAUUCUUCCUCUCCCACAGAUGGUGACUUUGAUCAUACAUAGGGCAAGAGGCUGGGAAUUUAUUGAUGCAUUGAAGUGGCUUAAAUAUACCAUCAUUGUGCAAUACUUACUAAAGCUUGUUCGUAUCUGCAAGUCAUAUGUAGAAGCUCAAAGAGCUCCAGGCUUUCCUGUUGAGGUCAUGUAUUUGGAGGCCUAUGGUUUUUUUAUGGCUAUAGAAAGAGAAACUGAUUGCUGGAACGAAGCCUGUUUAUAUUACCGUAGACGUAGCUGCGGCUCUUUGCACUGUGAUUAUCACAGUCCUGCAGGCGACAACAAAUUUCUGGGUCUAUAUUGCCCAAAGAUCAUACGAGAUACAACUAUCUAUGAUUUCGGGAUAUUCCAAGAUGCUCUUCAAUCUGGUAUUGUGGAGGAGACAAAAUUUACGACCAAGCUCUUCUACUGUUUAAGAUGGGGAUUGCUAACUACAAGUUCAAUGGCCCAAAACCUCCGUACAAGUACCGAUGUUGAGGAAAACUUGUUCGUGAUUUCGAUUUAUCUAACCAGCCUCAUGCUACUUGUCCUUUUAUAUGGAAGAUUGCAGGUGCCACAAUUUGGAGGAAUGGAGGAACAAUUUUUGAACCAAAUGUGUAACCGUCUUCAGCCGGUGCAAUACGGGACAGGGUCUUCCAUUGUAAGUCAGGGUGAGCUAAUUAGGCAGAUGCUCUUCGUGAUGCAAGGCAGUCUAUCAACGAGUAUGAACGGUGGAGGCAUUGUCUUUAUGGCGGAUCCCUAUUGGGGUGAACUUACCGUAUGGGCUUUUGAUCCUAACCCCUUGCGCCCAUUACCCCGCUCACCAGGAAAUCUUUGUGCUUUUACAGAAGUUGAAGCAUUUGCUCUAAUGGCUGAAGACUUGAGGGAGGUUGUACAGGGAUUCUUGAAUGCAGGAGCGGGUCAACCCUAG